AAUGUUUGUGGAGGCACUUAGCUAGCGCAUGCCGCUUCCAACAAAGAGGGUGAAAAAUGAACACACGCGUGGCGUCGUCGGCCGUCGCGGCGCUCCGAGUGAAUGAAUUUCCACGGGCAGCAGGCGCGUGAUGAUUUUGCAAAUUUCCCUUCGUUCACGGACAGCGACAGGUUCUAUCGUGAAGCAUCGUGUGUUGGGGCUGCUCAAUGGCAAUCAACUAGCGGAGGCGACGUCGCGAUGGGUGGCGCCGAUGUAUGGGACGGUGUUUGCAAGGGGGCCCAACUUGGGGGUGUGGAGGAGAGCUCGGUUAUAAGUAUAACUACCCCACGAGUGAACCGAGCGGUACUAUUCAGUGAGAAACACUCGAACCGUGAACAUUAACCAGUACGCGCGACAAACUACGGAUACUCCUCCAGCUAGAAGUUAUUUCACAACGUCGCUUAAUAGUUUGUGUUUGGUGAAAGAAGAAAGUUUGCUAAAAGUGUCUGCCUGUUACGGAUAUUCAAGUGCAAGACAGAGUUUGGAAAACACAACGACACCUUUUCGCAAGGUGCAAUCGCUUCCGGAAUCGUCCACCCUGGCUAAGUCUCACUACGAAACAUACUACGGACAAUCGAAAAUGGUGAUUGCUAAGGGAUCAGUAUCGCUCAAGAUGACCAUCAAAGCUGGCUUCAAAACGGUCGGAAUCGGGCAGAACGCCCGAUCGACUCUGGUGCAGGCCCACAAGGAAGCCCGAGUCGUGGUGGGAAUCUCCAACGCCAUCCGAAGCCUCUCGGAAAACCCGGACAACUUCCUGUUCUGCUUCGUUGCUGCACCUAAACACCAGGACAGCACAGCUCACAUGCAGGAGGUUCUAUUGGAGGCGUUCUGCUUGGAGAACGAUAUCUACAUCAUCAAAGUCGACAGUGCGGAAAAGCUCAGCCGAUUACUGGGCUCGUCAGACUUGGCUGGCUGCGCCUUGGUCAGCAAACGCCCAUCAAGCAGCGAUUCAGAAGAGGAGGAAUUCUCCCGCAGCGAAAACAUCCUCAUCGACCACUGUGAGCUGUAUUGGGAUGAACCUGUGAAACCUGUUAUCAAAUUACCAGAGAAGUGAACGCAACGUGACAGACGCCUACUAUUUGAACAGCGAUAAGCAGUUUUUCUAUGAAUGUGAAACUAUAGAAGGGAAGCACUUUCAUUGCUUGUGAUAACAGAGCAAAGUGUGCUACCCCUAAGUAGAGUAUAAAGAAAGCCGGAUGUCGGAAAUACGAUGGCAUCGGGUAUCCAGUGUACAGUUGAGGACAGAUGUUCUAUAUAAGCAGUGAUAUGGCGGUAUAUAAGAUAGGCACCUGAAGGUGCGAUAUUCAUAGCCUUGAUAGUGAUUGACGAAGAUCAAUCAGCCAAUACAUUCAGAACACUGUCAGUGAUUUACUUCUAUGUAUUAUCUACUACUACUGAUAUAAUGAGUUUAGUUAAUCUCAUUAAGUUCUAAUCAAAAGUUAUCGUACGAUUUUUGCGUACAAAGAGCAUAAUAUAAACUAUGAUUGAAACUAUAAAAAAACAA